AUGGAAAAAAAACGUACUACAAAGACACAGUUCAAAAUUUAUCUUUCUUUUUUGAGAGAAAAUCCCGUCCUACUUACAGGAAAAUUAAAUCCCAGCACCACAAACCCAGAAGAUAUAAUUAAGGCUUGGGAAAAACUCACUACAACAUUAAAUUCAUGCAAGGAUGGACCUAUGAGGGAUACAGCAUCAUGGAAAAAAGCAUUCACUGAAUGGAACUCCAAUGCUAGAAAAAAGGCCAGAGAAAAUAAACCUCUGACCGAUUUAGAAAAUGCCAUAAUAAAUAUUACUGGGGCUGUUGCUGUAAAAGGCAUAACUGUGCCGGAACUAGGGCUGCAGGUUCAAAAUGAACCGAAGGAAGAUGAAGAACAUCAAUAUCAGGAAGAAAAUCUGAGUUUAGGCCAGAAGUUAGUUGAUGAGGUCCAGAAAAUGGAUUUUGAUUUAGACGAAGAGGUGGUAGUUCUUGAAGUUGUCGAUGAUGAUGAUAAACCUCAAGAGGUUACUCCAAAUCGAGCCCCAAAUAUUCCAAAAAAAAAUCAAGAGGAAAAAAGCAAUAGAGAUCAACUUGAAGAAUUGUUAGCCGCUGUUGAAAAACUACGCAUCGCUGUUGCAAGUAUGCAAAAGUACAUUAACAGCAUUGAUAGCAGAUUGAAAGCUAUACAUUCUGAAGAAGGCAGGUUACUUGCAGACAAAGUCAUGGAAAAUUUGAAUAAAAAUUUACCGUUGACAUUCACAGAAAAUAUACAGGAAUUUGAUAAGUUGAUGGACAAUGAGGACUUUAAAAAUACCCAUGCAUUUUCACAAAGGACGCAAGAAGCCAUUAAGAAGGUCAGGCAGCAAGCGGCUUACAGAGACGCUGUCCAAAACUACCUUAAAGACAUACAAACACCAAAAGUAAAACCGACAACUAAUAAGGGCAAACCACAAAAACCCUCUGCUCCUGACGACCAAGUAGCGGGACCAUCUGGCGUCACUAUAACCAAAAACGCCAGGUGGACACCCGACCAAAUCUCUAGACUGGUGAGCGAAGAAGCGCGCCUCGUAUAUGAAGGCGAAACAAGGUUCAUGAACCAAGCGCUCUUCGCCUUUUACAGUGCCAGAACACUUGGGUCGAUAAAGAAUAUGCGUACACGACCUGAAUACAAAAGACAAGUCGUUGAAAGACUCCAAAGGAGAACAGAAAAUUUGGGAAUAAAUAAUGGCACUUUGAUUGGUGAACGUUCCCAACCCCCGUCUAAUAUUGAGGACAGGAAUAACGCAGUGGCCAUUAAGAAGGGCCUUGUAAAUUAA